AUGGCUCAACGAAAUCUGGCGCGACCUCGUUUUAAUCCGUCAACCUGUGAGCCUGCAACUCUGCAGUCAUGCCCGCCCCUUCUAUCUGUGCACCAACAGCCUGAGAUCAUAUGGACGCCCCUCAUCUGGUCUCCUGCUAAUUUUCCACUCGAGCUGUUUGAGAUCGCGGUGUCGCAGCUCAUUCAUCACCCAGAGUAUAACUCCACGUUGAUUCUGCGCUCGGAGAUUGUGUCUGAGACGACAUCGGCCUUCCCGGAGACCAUUCCCAUUCUCCGUGGUCUACGCCCGAUUCGCAAUAUUCAUAGGAAACUCCUACCGCGUCGACCAGGGCGCGACACUGGUUUGGAGCAGCAUUGCACCUUGUAUGCAUCUACGGACGAGCACGACCAAACACCCUCGACCCUAGUCCUCACACCCAUUGUCAAUCCAGGAGAGGUCCUCCCGUACUACCAUCCCGCAGUCUCCUAUCUCGCCUUCCGUUUUAUCUCUGGUGACACACCGAUCUUGCGAAUUGAGGUGGUCCCCUUGCCAGGCACACCGACAGAUCCUAACUCUAGGCUAUACCGAACAUGCCUAGCUCUUCUGGAGAUGUUGCAUAGAUAUGGGUGGGGCGCCAUGACAAAUUACAAAAAGCGCGUUCUGCACGACUGUAUUGUCCCCCGAGAGGCCUACCAGGACCUCUAUUUGAUUAUGCGUGAGCGGCACAAGCACCUGGUCGGCACAUGGCAGGAAGUCACCGAUCCACUUAAACACGUCUUCGAGGAUAUCGGCAUCGCUACUUUCUUAAUGCUCUUGUGGAAAGACACGUAUGAGGACCCUGUGGAGCACACAGCGAACGCCACGUUCGAGACAGAGCCAUGGAAGCAGUGGCCUCGUCCCCCAGCAGGAUUCUUGGACUUAGGGUGUGGGAACGGCCUUCUUACACAUAUUCUGGUGGAAGAAGGAUACCCCGGACAUGGUAUAGACCUAAGGGCGCGCACCUCAUGGACUCACUACCCGGAAUCCACUCAGGCGCACCUACGGGUUGAAGCACUGGAUCCUACAACCUUAGUUGGACCGUCCUCUUCCGUGGAGGACCACCCGUACCUGCGCCCUGGCGUGUUCAUUAUUGGCAAUCACGCCGACGAACUUACGCCGUGGGUCCCAGUACUUUCGACGCUAUGUUCAGCAUCCGGGUACCUCUCAAUCCCUUGCUGCGCAUGGACGUUCGACGAGCGCUAUGAGCGCUCGAGCACUCCUAACUAUCCUGUAGCCGACGAGGACUUUGUAUCGAGUCUGAACCUGGGGGGCGACGGAAGCAACGCAAGCUCCUACUCAAUGUAUCGCAUCUGGGUCGCCUCUUUGAGUCUGUACUGCGGAUGGAAGGUCGAAUGCGAGACUUUGCGGAUUCCCAGCACACGAAAUUGGGCUAUCAUUGGUACAGUCAAAAUCAUUCAUCGCUCUGCAUUGUCAUCUAGAUUGAACGGUUACAUAGGGAGGCAUCAGACAUACGAUAGUCCCGGACUAGCCGCUGAAAUACGCCAGCGUAUAAAAGACAUCGUGGAACAUGUGAAGGAGAGAGGCAUGUUCAAGACGCGGAGACCAGAGGGGAAGGCCGGAGACCACUAG